UGACCCUCGCCGAAAGUCAGUAACAACAGAGAUGGCGGUUGCAGUGAAAGCAGAGAGUGGCCGAGUUUUGGGGAUUUUACUCGUUUUUCUUUUUAGUUCUUGUCAAGGUUUGUUCAGCGGAGGAAAUUCUUACAAAAGAGAGGUGACGAUGCAGUUGAUCCCAAACCCGAGCUCGCCUCCCCCUGGUGGUGAGCUUCUUCAUGCGAGAGCUGUGGGAGGAAACGACACGCUGCACUUCCUGUUCUGCAGCCAGGGGGCGCCAUCACUGCUGAUCGUGCACACCAACUCUUCUUCGUCCACGGUCAAGGUGAACUGGCCUCAGUUUGUGAAUCGUAGUACCAGCGGCGGCCUGACGGUGGAGCCAGAGAGCAGCAUCCUGUACAGCAGCGCCGUCGUCUUUAGCCGGCUGUUGGAGUACGACGAUGAAAACAACACAGCCGAGGCGACCUCCAACUUCUUCCCUGCCUACGAGCUGAAGGACUUCAGCUGGAAUCUGAUGAACCUGUCGCACCCUAAGGCUUUGCUCUGCGGCUCCGCCCCACAUUCCAGCAACGGGUCGCUCUGCCUUCAGUUGUCGGUGUUCGGCACGGAGGGUCGCGCUGAGCUUUGGCCCCGCCUCCUCCAUUCUGCUAACUCCUCCCAGGUGGAGGUGUGGCUCAGUGGCCUGUUGCCCCGCUCCAACACGUCCAGGUUCAUGUUGGAGCUGCAGGCAGUGGGCGGGGCUUAUCCCCUGAGCAAAGUGGACGUUCGCCAGUUCAUCGACGACGAGUACGCGCCGUCAAUAUUCAAGGUGUCUCAGUGGGUGUCUUCGGUCAACAACAGCUCGGACGUCCUGGGUUUUAUCCAGUGGAAGCCUGUGGCGUACCGGAGGUCCCGCCCGUCUCUGGAGGACGCCACGCCGUGCCGCCACUCCGACCCGCAGGCGCAGAGCGGGAACGCGACGACGGCUUCCUCCGCUCUGGUUAAAGCUUUUUACACGGAUCCAAAAGUGAUGGGGAUGAACGUGAGCUUCGGCAUAGCCGGAGAUCCUUUCUACAACAGGACCAUGUUCCUCAGCUGGACGAUGCUGGUGGGCGUCGGCUCUCCUCCCGUUGACUCCUUCUCUCCGAUGGUGAUCGGCAUCUUGAUGGCGGGUUUGGGGAUUCCCAUAGUCCUCCUGCUGGUGGGCGGAGUUUACGUCUUUAUCCGGAAGAUGAGGGAAAGCUCAGAGACCUCCUACCAGCCAAUCAACUGACAGCCGAGUCCCGGCCAAUGAGACGCUUCUCUGUUUUAAGUGACGUCGCUGAUGGCUCGGCCAAUCAGAGAGCAGUUUGUUUGGCUGCAACGGUCGAGAUAAUUUCCUCAGGUUGAACUUUUGAUCUUUCCGUGUUAAAUAACUCAGAUCAGUCAUUAGGUUAAAUUAGAAGCUAGCACAAAGCGGUUCAUUUUUAAAGUAGAAACAUUGCAGUAUAAGAAAGAUUUAAACCCAUUUAUUGUAUAUAACGUAAUUCUACUUUCAAUGUUUUAUAAAAAAUUAUAAAUAUUUCAUAUGUUGCGAUUUUAAGGCAAAUUUACUUUGUAUCUCACGUUUAGACUCAAACUACCGGUCCAGAAAGCUACUUAUUGCACAAUACGUGUUUUUUUUUUUUUUUUAGUUACUUUUAUUUCAUUACUGCUUGUUAUCAAACUGGAGGAAAUGUUUCAUGUCAGCACAGACAAAUGCUGAUGGGGGC